AGGAUCAACAGAGAGGCAUUUCGAGAGAUCACAGUGGACUUCCUGAGGAGAAUGAAUGAGGAUGUGCUGCCGACCUGUCUUCAUUCAGGUAGCCCUUCUUCAGUUUGCAAACAGAAACUCAAAUCUAACCUGAAGGAGAAGUUCCAGUGUGUGUUUGAGGGGAUUGCUAAAGCAGGAAACCCAACCCUUCUGAAGCAGAUCUACACAGAGCUCUACAUCACAGAGGGAGGGACUGGAGAGGUCAAUGAUGAACACGAGGUCAGACAGAUUGAAACAGCAUCCAGGAAACCAGACAGACCAGAAACAACCAUCAGACAAGAAGACAUCUUUAAAGCCUCACCUGGAAGAGGUGAACCAAUCAGAAGAGUGAUGACAAAGGGAGUGGCUGGCAUCGGGAAAACAGUCUUAACACAGAAGUUCACUCUGGACUGGGCUGAAGACAAAGCCAACCAGGACAUACAUUUCACAUUUCCAUUCACUUUCAGAGAGCUGAAUGUGCUGAAAGAGAAAAAGUUCAGCUUGGUGGAACUUGUUCAUCACUUCUUUCCUGAAACCAAAGAAGCAGGAAUCUGCAGGUUUGAAGAGGUUGUGUUCAUCUUUGACGGUCUGGAUGAGUGUCGACUUCCUCUGGACUUCCACAACACAAAAAUCCUGACUGAUGUUACCAAGUCCACCUCAGUGGAUGUGCUGCUGACAAACGUCAUCAGGGGGAACCUGCUUCCCUCUGCUCGCCUCUGGAUAACCACACGACCUGCAGUAGCCAAUCAGAUCCCUUCAGGGUGUGUUGACAUGGUGACAGAGGUCAGAGGGUUCACUGACCCACAAAAGGAAGAGUACUUCAGGAAGAGGUCCAGCGAUGAGGAUCAGGCCAACAGAAUCAUCUCCCACAUCAAGACAUCCAGAAGCCUCCACAUCAUGUGCCACAUCCCAGUCUUCUGCUGGAUCACUGCUACAGUUCUGGAGGAUGUGCUGAAGACCAGAGAGGGAGGAGGGCUGCCCAAGACCCUGACUGAGAUGUACAUCCACUUCCUGGUGGUUCAGUCCAAACUGAAGAACAUCAAGUAUGAUGGAGGAGCUGAGACAGAUCCACCCUGGAGUCCAGAGAGCAGGAAGAUGAUUGAGUCUCUGGGAAAACUGGCUUUUGAGCAGCUGCAGAAAGGAAACCUGAUCUUCUAUGACUCAGACCUGACAGAGUGUGGCAUCGAUAUCAGAGCAGCCUCAGUGUACUCAGGAGUGUUCACACAGAUCUUUAAAGAGGAGAGAGGACUGUACCAGGACAAGGUGUUCUGCUUCAUCCAUCUGAGUGUUCAGGAGUUUCUGGCUGCUCUUCAUGUCCAUCUGACCUUCAUCAACUCUGGAGUCAAUCUGAUGUCAGAAGAGUUUUUGACCUCCCAGGAGUGUGACACAGGAAAUGGAGAAACUUCAAUGACACACUUCUACCAGAGUGCUGUUGACAAGUCCUUGAGUCCGAAUGGACACCUGGACUUGUUCCUCCGCUUCCUCCUGGGCCUUUCAAUGCCAACCAGUCAGACUCUCUUGCGAGGCCUUCUGACAUCGACAGGAGGUUCACAGACCAAUCAGGAAACAGUCGAGUACAUCAAGAGGAAGAUCAGUAAGAAUCUGUCUGCAGAGAAAAGCAUCAAUCUGUUCCACUGUCUGAAUGAACUGAAUGAUCGUUCUCUAGUGGAGCAGGUCCAACAGUCCCUGAGAUCAGGACGUCUCUCCACAGAUAAACUGUCUCCUGCUCAGUGGUCAGCUCUGGUCUUCAUCUUACUGUCAUCAGAAAAAGAUCUGACCGUGUUUGACCUGAAGAAAUACUCUGCUUCAGAGGAGGCUCUUCUGAGGCUGCUGCCUGUGAUCAAAGUCUCCCAGAAAGUUCUGCUGAGUAGCUGUAACCUGACAGAGAGAAGCUGUGAAGCUCUGUCCUCAGUCCUCAGCUCCAAGUCCUGCAGUCUGAGAGAGCUGGACCUGAACAACAACGACCUGCAGGAUUCAGGAGUGCAGCUGUUGUCUACAACACUACAGAGUCCACACUGCAGACUGGAAACUCUCAGACUGUCAGGCUGUCUGAUCACAGAGAAAGGCUGCAGAUCUCUGGCCUCAGCUCUGACCUCAAACCCCUCCCAUCUGAAGGAGCUGGACCUGAGCUACAAUCAUCCUGGAAUCACAGGAUUAACGCUGUUGACCGGUCUACAGGAUUCACAAUCAAAGCUGGACACUCUCAGGUAUGAUGAGAUCUUUUUGGAGCCUACUGGAAUCCAGUGGUUGACACCAGGUUUGAUGAAGUAUUCCUGUGAACUCACAAUCGACACCAACACGGUAAACCACAGAAUCCAACUGUCUGACAACAACAGGAAGGGGAUAUAUGUGAAGGACUCUGUGUUAUAUCCUGAUCAUCCAGACAGAUUUAACUGUCCUCAGCUGCUGUGUAGAGAAGGUCUGACUGGGCGCUGUUACUGGGAGAUUGAGUGGACAGGAGGAGUGGAUAUAUCAGUGAGUUACAGAGGAAUCAGCAGGAAAGGACACAAUCAGUCCUGGUGUCUGAGAUGCUUUGAUGAUGAUGGUGGAGUUGAAUACUCUGUCCUUCACAAUAACAAGGAGACACUUAUUACCCGCCCCUCUAUCUCCUCACCCUCCACCACGCACAGAGCAGCGGUGUAUUUGGACCACACUGCUGGCUCUCUGUCCUUCUACAGAGUCUCCUCUGACACACUGAUCCACUUCCACACCUUCAACACCACCUUCACUGAACCUCUCUAUCCUGGGUUUGGGUUUGGGUUCUGGUCCGGAAGUGAAAGUUCUGCGUCUCUGUGUCGUCUGUAG